CUUGAAGAGCAGCGGGUCAAGAAAUAUGACCUUGUAUGGUCGAGUUUUGAAUGCCGACAUAGGCCUCAGUAAUAGUCACGCUACUUCAGUGUCUGCAUUUCUACUGUUUUACAUGAUUGACUAUGCCCUUCGAACAUGUCAAUCGAGCAAUAAAACUACGAGAAACACUUACUUGUUCAUAAGACUAAGAAAUUACUCCAUCUCCAUAAUCCACGCUUUUAUAUCCGGACUAAGUUCGCUUAUUUGCCUUAUUUCUUAUCCUGACCUAGUCGGUAAUGUCAUAGAUUCAGAGAACGUUUUCGCUUAUAAUAUUAUGGGUUUCGCGACAGGUUACUUUGUUCACGACAUUUAUCAUAAUAUAUGUGGCGGUGUUGGACUAAGAUCGUUGGAGAUAAUAUUGCAUCACAUUACAGUUUUAACCUGCUUUUACGUUGUAUCUUGGUAUAGGAUUCUUGUUUGUUACGCAUUGUUUGGGCUUUUGAUGGAGCUAAACAGCAUAUUUCUUCACGCAAGAAAGUUAAUGAUAUUACUUAACAUCGACCCUGAGUCAGUAACAUACCGCCUUAAUGCUAUUGCAAAUAUCAUUACAUUUAUCAUCUUUCGUAUAUGUCUUACACUGUCGUUAUUUGGAUGGGGAAUCAUUAACAGGCACAAGUUACCAGUUGUUGUUAGUUGGAUUCUACUUUCGAGUUUCACAGUAUUUACAACAAUGAAUUUAGUUUUGUUCUACCGUGUUAUCAUAGCGGAACGUCGAAUCUUACAAUUGAAUCAUUAUAAACUUUCUAUUAAUGGUGUGAUGAAAUAAAUUUAUUCUUCAGAAUUCUUGCUAAUGUCAUUUCAGCAUCGCCAUGGUAAUUGCUUAGCAGUUAACCAAUUUUAAGGUACCUUCUCACGUUUGUGUACGUAAAUGAGUACACCUUUUUUCAACUUAACUAUAAAAUUGUAAACACUACAUCACUUAACUUUAAAUUUGUUUCUUCACUGCUCUCUAAUUAUAUUCAUCUACAUGCAAGUGAUAUGUAAAUAAAUGAAUUUUCUUUUUCCUUCUUGAACUGUUAUGUUUUUAGUUUCUUUUCUCUCUCUCUCUCUCUCUCUCUCUCUAUAUAUAUAUAUAUAUAUAUAUAUAUAUAUAUAUAUAUUCAUUUAUUUUAUUCUAUACCCUUUACUUGUGCAUUCUGGUACUUUCAUUGUUACCAGCGGUGAUAAAACUACACUGAUAAAUAUUUGUCAACUUUAACUGAUAGAACGUGAUGUAUUUAUGAAGCUUGGUAUUUGUGUACAUUUUUUGAACAGAGAAAUAAUGUAGUAAAAACGUCUAUAUGUGAACUGAUAUGGAUUAUAUUUAACGGUUGAUUUAUACUUAAUUCACUUUUAAUUUUUACUGUAUUUCUUAUUACGUACAAUAAUAAUUACUUAUAAUGAGCAAUGAAUUAUUUUAAUAGUACCACUCUAUUUAAAAGUAAUUACUCUUGUUGAAGUAUUAUUACAAUAUAUUUGUUUGAGAAGAGGUUUAAUGCAACCAAAUAAUAAAUAUUGAUAAAACAGAUUGUUAAAUAUUUAUUCGGACAGAGUUUAUUAGACAUGGUGUCAUUCUUAGCACGACAGUGAAGUAGUUUGAAGAUUUACCUUUCUUCCCGUAAGUUUUUUACAUCUCUUCUUUUAAACUAUUCAUUUUAUGUUUAUUGAUCCUUUAUACACUACUGCCCUAUAUGAAGUGAUGACUAUCCAAUGAUUUCAUAUUUACUAAUCUUGAUAUUUACAUAUUUUAUUAACUAGAAUUAAGCAGGUGUUUUUUCGUUAAUUAUUGUUAGGCAGGGGUUUGCUCAACAGAGAAUAUUUCAACGGAGAAGUUAGAAAAAGGUUAUUUAUUGUGAUGAACUUUACAAAAUUAUCUGUACAACGAUAGUUCAAGCUAUAAGAGAGGCAAGCAGUUCAGUAAAAUGGGUGUGGCAUUGAAGAUGAACAUUUAGUUAUUAACCAACCAAAAAUUAAUUACAUCUAAUGUAAAUAAAUCAAAUAAAGGAAGACCAUUUGAAAACAUCAGAAAAUAAUCUGUCACGAAACUAAAAUUUUGCUCAAGACGCAGUAAAAGUUUUCAAGGCAUAUUCGAUGAAUUUUCUUUGUCUGACAAAUAUUAGUUUUUCCUUUGCACAUUUUGCUGAAACUGAUCAAUAUCAAGAUGACAAAGACUUGUUUAUUGAAUGAUUUGUCUUUGUCAAUGACGACUGCGUUAAUUAUUUCAUUUCAAAGCUUGUAAAACUGCGUUUUUAGCAUGUAAUGUUUUGAAUUACAGUACGAACUCUGCUGUAUGU